AUGUUGCUUGCAGAUGCCUAUUUUUCGAUCCAUUUGAGAAACAAGAAGGGAGGAUAUGUUGUUGGUUCUUGUCUUCCGUUGUUGUAUCAGUGGUUCAUGUUGCAUUUGCCGGUGAGAGGACCUUUUAUGCUCAAGAAGAGUUCUCUUAAGUGGUCAGAUAGGAUUAUUAACCUCACAUCUUAUGACAUCAGGUGGAACUAUUGUGUGGGGAAGGUUUGGAACAUCAUCACUAGUUGCGGUCAAUAUCCCAAUGUUCCUCUCAUGGGAACUAGAGGUUGUAUUAGUUACAAUCCCACGCUCGCCUACCGUCAAUUGGGAUACGCAGUGGAAAGGUCUCAGAAUGAUGUAGAAGAGUUUGAAUCAGUGUACUUUGCCGAUGGUAAAGAUCCUUUGGCGCUAGAAAAGAUAGUGUAUGCUUGGACUAAAGUACACAAGAGAGAUCAGACUACUUUGAGCAAGAAGGUUCCUAUUGCUAUGGGUCCUUACAGGAAGUGGGUUGAGGCAAGAGCGGCAGAGUUGUUGUUGCCAUUUGCGAGGUCAUGUCCAUUGUACGAGCAACCUCCUGUGGUUUUAUCUGAUACAGUUGUGGCUGAAAUCUAUAUUCAAGCCAAGGCGGAUAACAUCAAGCUAAAAGCAAAGGACGAAGAGGUUGGCUUGGAAAGGUAUUUUCGAGAUCACGAAAAGGCGGAAUUGGCUCGUAAGCUCAAGCAUGCACAAGGUGAAGGUUCAAGCAUGACACGUGCCCAAAGGCGAUCUCGUGACUUGAUGGAGGAAAGCUUGUACCGAAAACAACAGGAAUGUGUGAAGUUGUGA